ACUAAACACAUUGAAAGUAAAACUCUUAAGAAGUUAAUAAAAUAGUAAAUUCAAGUUAAUUAGAAGGUCUCUUAUAACAAAAAGUAGUUUAGGAGGAUUAAAAUUUCACCAAAAAUUCAAAACAUAUGAAAUUUGUCCGUGUAAUGCGGUUUAAGUCUUAAAAUUGUGCAACAGCGCAUUUCAUUUUGGAGAAAAUUCAAGUGCACCAUUUAAAAGUUAAAAAAAUGGAUGAAAUCAAAGAUUUUCUCAAGGAAGACGGUUAUUUAGCUGUCAAUGACUGUUCAGAUAUACAUAAAAUCAUCUUCCACCCGAAUCUGAACGUUAUUCUGAUUUUUACAACUACAACAAUUUUAACUCUGGAUGUCAAUUCUGGAGUCGUUUUACAACGCGUACCUGCUGCAGAUUCCAACAAUAAAACAAUUAAAGGCAAAUAUUUGUCGGAACAUGAUAAGAUUCUCUUUUGGAACAGUAAGAACUUAGGCUUGCGAAGUGACUACAAUGGAGUUUUAUUAUUAGACACAAUUCUCCAGUCACCGCUUUCCAACACCGACCACACAAUCAAAAUCGAAUUACUGUUAUCAGAAGCUGUCUUGUUACAUCAAAGCCUCGUACUAUUGGAACAACAAGGUGUUGAGAACUCAGCCGAUGUAAUCAAUGAACUUGUCUUAAAGAUCACUGAAGCACAACAACGAACUAAAAAAGGAAUUAAAGCACAAAAAUGGGAAACAAUUUGUUUAGAACUGCCACAUUCAAGCUUAAAAGUAGUUUCAAGUACAAUGGUUAUGGAAUUGAAGAGUCUUCAACGUCAUAUUCCUGCUUUAGCCAUUGCUUCAGCUGUCAAUGAGCGUCUCACAGAUCUAAUUGUUGGCGGACGAAUCAUUGAGAAUGAUCAAAUUCAAAGAUUUCAUAUGUACUCAGAAGCAGCACGACGAAAGACUUUUGAUACAUGGCCUCAUCUUGACUACAAAUGGGCGCUUCCUGAUCAAAUGGCUCAAGCUGGAUUUUAUCAUCAAUCGAGUGAGAGUGGCGAUGAUCGUGCAAUGUGUUUCACAUGUUCUGUUUGUUUAGUUUGUUGGGAGAAAACCGACGAACCUUGGAGUGAACAUGAACGUCAUUCACCUGAUUGUCCAUUUCUUAAAGGUGAAUACACUCAGAAUGUUCCAUUAUCAGUGACAUAUGCGACAAGCCCAGCAAUAUCGACCAAUGGCUUUGACAUUAUAUCAACUGGUGACAAUGCAAGCAUAACAUGCACUGGCGAUGUGAAAACUGGCGACAUAACUGUUUGGAAUGUUGAACGACAGUUGAGAAAAUGUUUGACAUUCAGCAUUAAGUCAUGCGAGAAAGGAAUAUUAAAGAAACACGACGUUGAAGACGACCUCAACACAAAACUCACAGCAUUGUGCACAUUCAAGAAGCAAACAGUGUUAAAAGUUAAAGAUUCGGGACAUGAGAAGACAAAAAUUGGUGUGAAUGGAACGAGAAUUAUUGCAGGUGUUAAAUGUAAAUGGAGUAACAGCAACAAAGUUAAACAGCAAGCAUUUGAAACUGAAACGAAAGAAGGUACAAGUAAUGAAUUUUUGAUUCUUUAUGCUGUCACAGAACCACCAAAGACGUCAGUAAAAUCAAAUGCAAAUAACACAGCAAAUGGCAAUGUCAGUGAUGAAGCUUUUAGUCCUUAUGCAAAUACAAAGAAUGGAUCGCAAUUAUUAACAAUUCUUGAAUCACAAGAAGAAAGAUUAGACGGCUUUGAUGAUUUCCUUAAACUCAUUGAUAACAAAGAUGCACCGAAACAAAAUGUCAAUGAGUCGCUUAUGUUAGUUCCUUCAAAUUCAAUCGCUAAUAAUCCUGACAAGUGGAUGUUCAUUCAUCCAGAAAAGAAUGAAACGUCUGAAAUGGAUUCAGCAAAAUCAUUGCCAAUGAAUGGUCCAUCGUCAAUAACAGCACAGAAAGUCAUCACAAGUGGAAGUGGAAAGUGUGAAAAUGAUGUGAUUUGUUCUCCAAUUCAAACGAUUCAAAUUCCAACAUAUUUGUAUGAUGAUUAUGAGAUAACAGAAAUUCUUCCAUCAUACGACAGUCGAUAUUUGUUAAUUGUUUUGAAAAGAUCACAAGAGAAGUCUGAUGAUGAGAUUGUGUUCAUGGAAACUGAUCAGAAUGACGCUUACAGUCCCGAAGAAUUUCCUUUUGUUCAUUUAUUACUUUACAGUAUCGAUGACAAUGGAUUAAUUAAAGAAGUUCCUUUAUGUCAACGUUUACUUGGACCAAAAGAUACUCCAAUAGAGAUUUGUAUGUUGCCUAAAUUUGAUACGAAUGGAAGACUUUUUAGUGGAUCGCCAAGUGAAUCUGGUGGCUUUGUGAUGGCGUGUGUUGAUGGAUCAAUUAAAGUUCUUUCAAUAACAACACUUAAGACAAUUUCCGAAGCGAAAGUUGAUGGUCAGAAGUUUAUUUCGACAGUUUAUUGUAAGAAUCUUGAGAGACUUUGUGGGUGUACUGACAAAGGUUUGCUUCACUUUUAUUCGUUCUACGAUCUUGAUAUCGAUUCAAGUGAUGAAGUUGAAGAUGAAACUUUGAUGAUAACGAAUGAGUUUGAUAAUAAAAUAAUAAAUUAUGACAAUGCAGUGCCGUCAACAUCAACAGCACCACCAAAGCCGAUCGAUGAUAAACGCACCACUCCUGAGCUCAUCGCACAUCGACAAGAUUUAACUUUAAGUGAUCUUAAAGUGCUUUACUCGUUGACACUUUUCGAUGAAAUGUUGACACCUUAUUCAGCUGAAGUUCCUGGAUGUUGGACGGAACUUGUUCAAGCGCAAAAGCAACGCCGACAUCCCCAACAUUUAAGUCCUGGUGAAGAUACGCAUUUAACAAGAACUUGGCGUUUACACAACGAUGCAACGACAUGGGAUGAACAUUUGAUUGAAUUAAGUUUACCGAAGACAACAUCACUUGGUCAUAUUGACUUUAAGUUUGCCAUUCUUCAGCCAUGUUCGAAUCCACCAGCAAUUCAAGUGACUUUAUUGAAACAGAAAUCGAUUGGUUUGUGUUGUCGUCGAAAGCCUGGAAAUAAUAAAAAUUCGCCGUCAUCAUCAUCGUCAUCGAGAUCAUUUGAUGUUGAUGACAAUAUCAACUUUAAUUUAAAUUCUGGAACGUCAUCAUCAUCUUCAUCGUCAGCAUUUAAUUCUGUUGAAAAUCCAGUGUUAAGUGAAGAAUAUUUACAAGCGAGAAAUGCAGAAAUUCUCGCCGGUCCAAUUGAACUUUCGUCUUGUAUGGAUUUGAAUGAACAAGGUGGAACGGUAACGUUUGUGAGUCCGAAACUUCUUAAAUCAAAGGCAAGAAAUUAUUUGCUUCACAUUAAAACGAUGGCGGAUGUGUCGAAAGAUGGACAUAGUAAAAUGCGAGUACCUGUUCGAAAAAAAGGAAUAACAAGCGUUUUACUUUCAUCAUUCGCGAACAAAGAGACCAGCAAAUACGAGCGUGUGACAAUUGAUAAAGUUUCUGGUACAAAAACAAACUCUAUUAAUGAACGUUACAUAGGUUGCGAUUGGCUGCAUGAAAUUUCCAUCACAGUUCGUGCGACGCGAGAAGUUUCGAAUAUCACAAACGAAAGACUCCAACGCUUGGCAAUGCUCGACUCCAAUAUUUUGUUAAAGAAUCUUCUUUCAAUUGCUACAAACAACAACGAACCAUUAAUGCAGAGUCUUGCAAUGGAUAUUUUGAUUUGGGUUGCUUCAAUUCGUUUGGCACGUUAUCGAUGUCCAAGAAAUUACGCUUCGACUGAUGUCAACUCACAGCAAAGUGCUUGCGUUAAUUUGAUUGAACAACGUUUGAGUGAACUUAUAAACAAAUGUGUGUUACUGAAUAAUAGAAGCUUAGCACAUAAAUGUGUUAAAUUGGUGAUUUCAACCUUACAUGGUGCUCAAAAUAUCGUCGAUCAAAAGCAAUUCUUCAGUUUUGAAGUGACACUUAAGAAUUCUAUUCUAACAGCAGUUCCUAACAUUAUCAAGACAUCAUAUGCUGGUGCUGUUCGUUGGUUUACAAUGCUCAUCUCUGCAACAUCAAAUGCUGAAUCGCAAGGUGUCAUUUCAACAGCAAUCAUCAAACUUCUCAUUGAAGUUUUAAAUGAAAUUUCCGAACGUCCAAACACAAUGAAUUCCAUUCUUCAAUCACAUGGCUCCGAAUUAAGACUUCCAGUUCAAAUUCGUCGUAAAAGUAUCAGCAAUCAUAUAAAAGGACUUCUUGAAGUUGAACCACUUCAUUACACUUGCUGUUCAACAUCAGAAGCAACGAGAAUUGAAAAUAUGGAUUCGUUGUCAUUGCAAGCAACAAAUAUAAUUGACGACAUUGUCAUCGAUACGCCCCCACAAAUAAGUGUUGGUGGACCAUCUAAAUUCCUAACAGCUGGAAAUCUUAUCAAACUUCCCAAUGACAAAGUUGUGCUGCACAAUGAAACUGAAGUUGAGAAAAUGGAAUCGGGAUUGCAAAACAGCGCCAAGAGUCUUGUCGAUAAAAUUGCUUACACGCAAAUCAAGAAACACAAAUUUAAGGAAAGCUCUGAUCAUAAAUGGACAACAAAACCAGGCGUUGUUUCAAUAUUUACUGGUGAUGAAGAACAUAUGAUGAUGAUGCAACAAAGUGGCAGCAGCAGUGGUGGUGGUGGUGAUGAGAAAGAAGCUGCGAUUGACGUUGAAGCUGUCCGAAGUUACGCAGCCAAUUCAGCUGUUUACAAUAACAAAGUUAAAGAAUUUAUCGAAGAGACCAACAAAGAAGAUUCAUCAAAUCCAAUUCUUCCUUGGCAUAAACUGUUAAGUACACCAGCAAAGCAAAUGAUUGUUGUUGAUCGAAUGCAUUCAGGUGCACGUCGUCAAGUGACGCUUGACUUUGGUUAUCCAAUUCUCUUGACAGAUGUCGUCAUUCCAGCAUGUAGCGAUUUAGCGUCAUUAACAAUCGAUGUUUGGUGUUUCGAAGAAGAAGGCGAUUCAGUUCGUUUGGCAGUGUCGCAAGAUAUUGGAAUUAAAGCUUUAAUUUUAAGCGAUCUUCAACCGCCACUCGUUUGUCGUUUUCUCAAAAUCACAUUUAUGGGACGAUAUGGGAUGUCAGCGACAAGAUGUAAACUGCCAAUGGGAUCGUUCUAUGGUCAUGUUGUGAUUCUUGAUAAAGACUCUUACGCUGAUCCCGUGAUGAAGUUUGUUAAAAGUAAGGAAAGUUUCAUUAAAACGCAAUUGAAAGUGUUGAAUGCACUUUAUGAAGAUACGCAUUGUCGUUACUGUUUAUCAAGCAGUAAAUUGUCGGAAUUACUUCAACCAUUGUUGAAAAGUGACAAUUCGAACAUGUCACACAUGCAAAGUUAUUUGAAUCGAAUUAAAGAUAAUGAGGAUCAAAGUAUGGAAUUUAAUAAAAUUUCGACAGUUUACGAAGAGUGCAUCGCGUUUCAGAAUCAACUCAAUGUUGUCAAGAAUGUCAUAAGACGAUUGGAGAAUUCCUUGAAUGUGAAUGGCGAUGGUUCUGAACAGCAAUUGAAGGCGACAACAUUGAAGACGCUCAGCACUGACAAACUUCGUGUUUUGAGUGAAUGUUUAGUUGAAUCACUUCUUCAUUUUAUCAUUACUUAUGGUGCUCAAAAUGUCUCAACACUGCACAAUUUCUUCGACUUGAAAACAUGCAAUUUAAUGUUUAAAACGUUGGUGAUUAAUGGUGAUUCUCACAUAAGAUUAGCGACAUGUUCGUUGCUUGUUCGCAUGUGUUCGUUUACGUUUAAGCCAUGGUGGGGCGAUUUCUUCGCCAACACUUUCACGUCAUUAUUUUCAUCACAGAAUGUUGAAAUCUUCCCACAAGAUCGCGUCUUUAUUCUUCUCACAUAUCUUGGGCGAAAAAGCAUUCAUCAAGGCGCAUGUCGAACGAUUGUCAUCGAUUCAAUUCUCAAAACAAUUGCAAAUCUUCUCGCACCAUUAUCGAACAUUGAUAAUCGAAUUGGUGUGUGGCGGAACACAGAUUUGGUUCUGUUAAGUUGGUUGCUUUUAUUCCUGUCAGUUUGUUUGGAUGAUAACAGCGAGAAGAAAGAGAAUUCAAGUCCACGAUGGGAUUUCAUGUCAGGCGACAUGGUCAAAGCAAGACUCUCAAUGUCAAACAGCAAUUCACGUUCAUUCUCAAGAUCAUUUAAGAAACGCUUCAUGCAAAGCAAACAAAACAGCACAAAUCAAAAUAUUGCUGAGAAAGUUUACAUGAUGUCCGAGCAAAUUGCGAAUGUUCCAACAAUUUUAUCGUCUGCUAAUCUCGAUGCUGUCAUGAAGUCGCAAGAAAAUGCAAUCAAGAAACUUCUUCCAUUAAGCGAUUAUUUGUUCAGUAAAAGUCUUUUAAAGAAAUCAACAUCAGAAGCGUCAAAUAAAUCGAUUGGAAGUUCAAAUUUAGGUGCAUCAACAUCGACAUCGUCAUCAAACACCGUCAAAAAUGAUUUUUCAGCUGACAGCAAUGAAAAUGCUUUUGAUCGUGGAUUAAAAUCAAUCAAGCCACAAAACAUGCUUGUCGUAAUUCGCGGGUUAAUUGGACUGCUCUUGAACAUGGAUUUCACUUGCAACAUGGAUUUAUUUUUAUUAACAUGCAAAAUCAUUGCAAGACUUGUUAAUGCAUGUAAAAUGUCGGUGCAAUUAAGUUCAAUAAUGACGACAAAACAAUUACUUCAACUUGCACGUAUUGCUGUGUGGGAGAAUCAACAACAUCCUUGGGCUGUUCAUGCAAUUACGUGCUUGCUUCAAGAUAUCUUAGAAGCUGAUCGAAGUUACAAAGAAUCAAGUCCGUCAGAUGAUAUUGAACAAAUGAUGGAUGUUGAUGGUGCAAUGGGACGCGAUUUGGAUCUCAUUGAACAAAUUGAUUUAUCACAAAACUUUCCUGGAACAUCGACGCAAGUUUCAUCGCAAGCGAAAGAUUUUCUUAGUUAUGAUUAUUUGAAGAAUGAACCGUCAAAGUAUCAACUGCCGUCAUUGAUGGAGUGUGACGACACUGAUGGAAUUGAAGAUAUUCUUGAUGACAUCCUUGAACAGUCGAAGAAGUUAACAGCAGCUGGAAUUGGGAAGUGCAAAGAUGGAGUUCCACCCACGCCGCCAGCUAGGAAUGGCGUUUACACGCUUCUCUAUCGCAGUAAAGUGUCAUCAACAAUGGAUGCACGUCUUGAGUAUGGUUUGGACACAAACACUGAAGUCUUUCUACGUCGUUUGACAAUGAAAUCUUCAUUGAAUUUAUUUGCAACGUUGCCACAACAAGAUAACAAAGACAUGGGCUGUGUAAUGACCCUUGCAACGCAUCCAAAUUUGAAGAUUCGCGGUUGGUGUCUUGGCUUUCAAUGUCUUAUUUAUUCGAUUUCAAGCAAGCCAAACGCUGAUCCUGAGACUGAACUUGUUCAAAAUAUUUACAACCAACAAUCAUCGUCAGAGAGUUUCAUGAAAAAGAUUGGAAAUCAAAUAAUUCAGAAUGAGAAUUUCGAGCGGAUGUUGUUGAGAUUCUUCAGUGGAAUUUAUAAAAAUAAUUCGCUGCAGUCGAGUCGUUAUGCUGGUCCGACAAUGUGCCGAUUAAUGCAAGAUAUGUUUACAUGUCUUCAAAACAAAUGUCAAGUGAAGGAGAAACUUAAAGAAAUUCUUCUUCGUGUUUUGUUGUGUCUCAUUCAGCAAGAUGGAGCAAUAUCAAAGCAACAUGGCCCAAUCGAUGCACAAAGUCAAUUAAUUAAAGAAUUAUUAAACUUUCAAUAUAAAAAAAGUGAUCUUUGUGUUGCAAUGAGCAUCAUUGAAAGUGUUUCUCAUCUCGUUUAUCAACACAUCACAAAUGUUGAGAAAGUUCAAUGUCAGAAGAGUUCCGAUUCGAAUUCAAACUCAAAUAAUGUGUUUGGAAGUCUUUUUGCAACAGUUCUUGGUUCAGAAAGUGCACAAAGCAAGACGGUCACUGACACGACACUUUUAAUGAAUCUUUUGAAGUUGUCGUCGAUUCUCAUUCGAACGAAACUUCCAACAACAAUUUCAAGUGAUGAUGUGACGAUGGAAAGUGGUGGCGGAUCAUCACAACAAAGUGAAACUGAUGAGAAGAAAGCUGAACAACAAGCAACAGCAGCAACGUCGACAGUGACCAAACAAACGCCGACAUUCACCGACACAGUUCUUCAACAUUUCCCAUCAAUGAACAAACUUCUCGGCGCGUUGUCACGAUCAACAACAACAUCAGCUGCACUUUUAGUCAUUUGUUCGAUGUAUUCGCCAAUGUACAAUGAAUCGAAGAACACUUUUAAUGAUCCACAGAACGUUGAAGAUGCUUUGUUUCAACUGUUGAGUUUCAUGAAUAAAUUGGCAUCCGAACCAGUUUACAUCAUUAAACCACUUUUUGAUUAUCUCAAUUACGUUUCCAACAUUCGCCAUGCAAUGCCAAAACUUCAACUCUCUGAACCUUUUCUUUGGUUUAUUUUGAAGAUUCUCGAAGCACCAACAGCGCUUGAAGUGUUUUGUGAAAUGGGCGGAAUAAGAAUUUUAGCUGAGAAUUUGGUGAGAAGCAAUCAAACUUUACUCAACAUGCAACCGAAUCUUGUGACGAUGAUCAUGCAACAUUUAUCGAAGUCACAAAAUCUUCAAUCGCUGACAAGUCAGGCAGCAAAGAAAACGCCGUCAGGAUCGUUGAAAUACGAAGAAGGUUUGAUAAACUUCGCGCCUUACUGCACGAUAACUUCUGAGAAUCCAUCAGCACAACCAGCUGACAUUUUAAUCCAAGGGCCGAUUGCGUCACAUCGCAGAGCUCGUGCACCAGCUUGGAGUUAUCUUUUCUAUCCGAACGAGUCUCAUGUUGAUCUGACAAUGUCAAUGCCAACUGCUGUGCUUCUCAAAGAGAUUCAACUUCAGCCACAUUUAUCAACACUCGCUUCAUGUCCAUCAGCUGUUGCUAUUGAGAUAACAAGAGAUGGAAAUUUCAGUCCAAUUCCAAUAACGCAACCAAUCUCAACGACAGGCAUGACUUGCAUUCGAUUGAAGUUUUCACAGCCGGAGAUUGCGACGCAAAUUGUCAUUCGACUGUAUCGACCAAAGGACAGCGCAAGUAUUGGAUUGACGCAGAUUUCUGUGUUGGGAACGACAAUCUUCAGUGACACGGGCUUUAACAAAGGAUCGUCGUCAUCAUCAAGUUCAAGUAGCAGUGAUUUGAAUGCUGAUGAAGAGACGCAAUCAGAGACGAGCUUCGGUUGGUUGAGAAUUCUUGCACAAUGCUUCAACGUUGCGACAUUCAAUCCUGAUAAUAAUCUUUCCAACAUGGUCAUCUCGUCAGCAUCACAAGUCAAUGGAUUCUUAGAAGCUUGUUGUUCACUUCUCAGCAUUGCACCGUCAAUGACCAACUUCCUGUUACAAAAUCUUGAAACUGUCCUUCUUAAACUUGGUUUACAUAAUCGCGAUUUAAGUCUUAAACUCAUCGACAUUCUUCUCAAUGAAAGCGUCCCGCAAAUCUUCAAAUUAUGCAACGAAUCAGUUUCUGACUUGCUUUAUCAACUUUGUACAACAAAUGACGUUCAUGCGCGUGAUCGAAUUCAAAUGAUGUUGAAUUGGUUGAUGACGUUGCAGACAAGUGAACAACGUGACAAUGUCAAUCCCAACAGCGGCUACAUUAAAUGUCUUGCUUCGAUCUUAUGGCAAGCUUAUGCAACGAAUUUAGUUCUCGAUCUUGGCAACAUGAUAACACCGGAAAUGUUUGAGAAUCUUUACAAUUGGAUCAACGAAGUGGGUGAAGACAGUCCAAUGAAGAUGUCAAUUGAUUCAAUGAUGUGUUCAAUUUGUUGUGUUCGUCCGGAGUUCUUCAAUCUUUUACUUCGUAAAAUGGGAGUUCUUGUGUUGAAUCAAAACACUUCGUCAUGCAUUAGCGAUGAUAGGAAGGACAAUGAAAGUAUGACUGAUGAUAACAAGCAACAUGAAUACAACACCGAGCAAUGGUAUUGUCAUUACAGCAUUGAAAAUCUUUCAAAUUUAACUCUCACAACAUCACAAUUGCAAACAAUUUCAAUGUCAUGUCAAUCGCCGCUUGCAAUUCAUCAACUUAUCGAUUCUGGUCUUCCGAAUCUUUUCACAUCAGCAAUUCUUGAAUUUUGUCAUCGAAUGUCGAGUAAUCGUGAUGGACAACAACAGCAAGGUAACAAUGCGUGUGAUGCUGAUAAAGCUGGCGGUUAUCCAAUGGUGACUGUGAUGAAGAUCACAGAAAUUCUCGAUUUUAUGGCUGAGAUUUGCACGGAAGGUCACAUGAGAGAUUGGUUGGGAUCGUAUGAAGGUUCAGUGUUUUGGGAACCUUUGUUAACACUUUUAUGUAAUAAUAAACUUCAAAGUUCUUAUUUGAGCGAUGACACAACAAAUCAACCAUAUCUUGAGCUUGAAGAAACUGUGAUAAAAUUCCUUUCAAAUGUAACGUCGUGUCAUCCAAAGAAUCAAGACACGUUGACAACAAAUCUUAUAUCGGUGAUAAAAACAACGGAAAGAAAUAAUUACAACAUCAAUCAUCAGAAUGUGAGUGGAACGUCAAAUUCAAGAAGCACAUCAAGUCCAAUCAACAUGAAAUAUUCAAUUUCUGGCUUUACACGACGUUUGGUGCUUCAAAUUCUCCUUGAAAGUGAAAAGAUUGUCGUGAGUGUGCGAAGUGAUUUGCCGUUGUUAAGAAAAUAUGACACAAACAUGAUUUAUAUCAGUAAUCAUCCAUCGAAGAAGCCAAAUUCACAUCAUUUGUUGUUCUACACGAGCAUCAAUGCCAAGUGUCAAGACAUUCUUGAGAACAGCAUUUCAGUCUACAACAAUUUAUUGCCAUCGCUUAAUGCUGCAAAUUGCGGAGAUGGAAACAACACGACAGCAUCACGUUCAGCAACUGCAGACUUUCCACCACCGCCGCCAUCAUCACACAACGAUAAUCGAAGUGAUAAGAAAGAUUUGUGGGAUCUUGGAAUGCAAAUGAACUUUGGAAUGGAAUUUUUGAGUGUUGCUGCUGGUGUGACAGCGAAGGAUAAACGAUUGAAGGAAUUGAAGAAUCAAGAGAAUGCUCAAAGAACAAAAGACUUUUUCAAUGUGUUCAAAAUGAAGCCAGAUGAAGUUAAAGGAAUUGGAAGUUUACCAGAAUGUAUUCAAUUAGUUCACACAACGUGCCCUGAUGUCAUCAUCACCAGUGAUACAACAAUCGGACAGAUUCUCACAAUGUUAAAGUCAUCAGGCGUGUCAUUGUCAACUCCAUGCAUUAAUUUAAGUUUGAUUCAGAUGAAGAAUGACGAAGCGACAUGCGAUUCACCGAUGAAAGCUUCUGACUUCAAUCCACUCCCAUCGCCACUGCAAAUCUUCUCAAGUCGUGGUGGUUUGUCACUUCUCGCGCAUUACUUACCGACAGUUUAUCCUGAACAACCAAAAACAUCUCAAAAAUUGAGCGACAAAGAUAAAAAUCUGCAAGGCGAGUGGGUGAAAGGUGAAUGGAUAAAAAUUGAACCAAAUGAAGAAAUUUAUGAAGAUGUCGACGAUUCAUUGUUGGAAUCAUCUUCAAAAAUGCCAGUGAUCUCAUCCGUACCACAACACUCGUUGGCUGCUUUUGGAUUAUUCUUGAAACUUCCAGCAUAUUCAGAAGUUUUACUUCGUGAUAAAGUUCGUGCUCAGUGUUUGCUUCGUUUGAUUCUUGGUGUGACAGGUGAUGGGGAAGGAAACGAUAUUUAUAGUCUCGCAUUGUCAUCAUCGCUUCCGACACUUCCUUUUGAAGUUUUGAGACAACUUCUUGAUAGUUCACCGUUAACAACUGACGACGGCGUUCUCCUUAGGCAAAAGAUUGUUGAAGUUGGUGCCAUUCAUCUCGUUCUUAAUUGUUUAAGUAUUUUCACUCAUCACAAUUCAAAUAUCGCACCUGGACCUGAAAUGAUAAAGCCAUCUGUGAAGACAACGCCAGCUGUGGCUGUCACUGAUGAACAAGUGUCGUCAGAUGAUAAAAGUCAUGUUUAUUGGGCGAAAGGCACGGGAUUUGGAACUGGAUCGACGCAGCAGUCGUGGAAUGUUGAGCAAGCUUUGCUGAGACAGAAAAGUGAAGAAGAACACGUGACAGUCUUGCUUCAGGUUCUAUCAAGCUUCAUAAAUCCUGGUGACAUUGUUCCAACAGCAGAAGCUGCUGAUUCUGAUAAUAUAAGUUAUCGAGACUCAACAGAAUUUUGUGAACUUCCACCGUUGUUCCUUGAAUUGUUACGUCAAUCGUGUUUGAUUCCUGCUUUAUGUUCAUAUCUUAGAAAUGAUUCUGUGUUGGAUAUAACGCGACACAUUCCACUUUAUCGAGCAAUACUUCAACUUCUUCGCGCUCUCUCCAUUUCAUCGCAACUCAUUCAAUUGUUGAUUGCCAAACAAGACAACGAUUCAAAGACAUCAAUUGCGACUUUAUUAUACAACAUGAAGUCGUGUGUUGAUACUUAUGCGAGUCGAUUAAAAAUCAACAAGAAAUCAAAUCUCAAAGGGCAAAUGCAGAAAAUUUCCAUAAGCUUAGAUGAAAGUGAUGACGAAGGAUUAGCUUUGCUUAUUCCAGACAUUCAAGAAACAGCGGCACUUGUACAAUCAGCAACUUAUUCUGAUCCUAAUAAUAAAGAUGAUCAUGAUCAGUCGGUUUGUUCACUUGAAUAUUCAUUGGGAACGUCGAUUGAGCAAAAGUAUUUGGAAGUGAUGAAAGCGCUUCAAUUUGACACUUAUGAGAUGAUUGUCGAAUCUGAAAAUGGUUAUCGCUUCACAAUUUCUCAUCACUUUGAAUCGAAUGUUCGAAUGAGUGGAGAUCGUGGACAUCCAGCACGUGUUAAACGAUUAGCACAAGAAACUGUGACAUUAUCAACAAGCUUGCCAUUAUCAUUUAGUAGUUCUGUGUUUGUUCGUUGCGACACUGAUCGUUUAGAUAUUAUGAAAGUUUUGAUUACGGGACCAGCUGACACGCCAUAUGCGAAUGGAUGUUUUGAGUUUGAUGUUUAUUUCCCUCAUGAUUAUCCCAACUCACCGAUGCUGAUAAAUCUCGAGACGACGGGACGUCAUUCAAUCCGAUUCAAUCCAAAUUUAUACAACGAUGGAAAAGUUUGUUUGUCGGUACUUAACACUUGGCAUGGACGACCAGAAGAGAAAUGGAAUGCACAAACUUCAAGCUUUUUACAAGUUCUUGUUUCGAUUCAAUCAUUGAUUCUUGUUUCUGAGCCAUAUUUCAAUGAGCCAGGCUUUGAAAGAUCUCGUGGAACUCCAAGUGGUAACCACAGCAGUCGAGAGUACAACAGCAACAUUUAUCAGGCGUGUGUUAAAUGGGCGAUGCUUGAACAGUUAAGAAAUCCAUGUCCAUGCUUUAAAGACGUCAUUUACACACAUUUUUGGUUGAAGAGAAAUGAAAUUUGUCAGCAGAUUGAAGGAUGGAUUAAUGAAUUGAGUCGUCCGCAAUAUAGCGAGAGAAGUGGACGUGCGAUCUCAUUCAAUUCGAUGGUUUUGCGACGACAAUAUCGUCAGAUAAGAGAAGAACUUGCUAAGCUGCCAGUGCCGGAAGGUCUUGAAAAUUUUGAUAAUCCAUUUAGUUCUAAUCCACCACAAAAUGCUCCGACAACAUCAAACAUUCCCACAACAUCUGCUUCAGCUUCCAGCUCGUCUUCGUAUAAAGAAGCAAAAGAUAAAGUUUUGAUGGAGAUUUUCAAUUCGAUUGAUGUUGAAGACAAAGAUGGCAUGAUGAUUAACAACGAAAAUGAUGAGCAAGAUAAAAAUGAGAAUCUUGAAGUGAUUGAUGAUCUCUUGAACUUUGGUGAUGCAUCACUUGACCUUCUUUUAGCUACCAGCACACAUAUUGAUAACAUUGAUAAAAUGCUCACAGAUGAGGUCACAAGCGAUUAAAUUUCAUUUUUUUUCUUUACUCAUUCAUAAAUAUAUUUUCUAAAGAUGCAAAUAAAUUAUUAAAAAUUUAAA